AGGGAAGGGUGGAAGGCUCCCCAUUCCAAUUGCUGGCUGCAGCAGGGAGGGAGACCCCCACACUGAAGGCAGUCAGGACAAGGGGGCACAGGGCAUCACGGCCAGGGCACCAGCCCUACAGCUCCAGCUACUCCUGCCGAAAUGCAUCCUGUCUCACGAGCCUGAGGGGGGAAGAACUUACAGGAUAGUCCUGCUCUUCAUGCAGGCAGGAACUGCUGGCACGAGGGCAGGAGAUGAACGACAUCAGAGGGCCUGUGCUCGCCGGUCACCCCUUUCCACUCCACGUUUCUCUGUCCCAGGUCAGCCUGCUCAGCCAUGAACACCUCCCUGCCCAGCAGCCAGCCCAGACAGCCCGAGCCCCAGGAGGCAGCUGCCCUCACUCCCAUCUCCAUUGUCAGGAGCGUGACCAAGAAACCCGAUGGCCUGCCCAUGAUCUCCGCCAUCGUGGUCAUCUUCGUCCUCUUGGCCAUCUUCAUCAUCAUCGUGGUGCACUACGGCCCCCAGCUGCGCACCAUCCAGAUCACCCUCUACCAGGAGCCCAUGCCGCAGGACCUGGACCACGGGGUGCUGCUGACGGACUGGAGGCGGCUGGGCUCCCAGAGGAGGCUGCCUGCCCAGCCCUACCAGCUGGAGCCGGGCAGCAGGGAUGUGGCUGGUGUGACCUGCCAGUGCUCCUGCAAGCAUCACCUGCCCUGCAGGAGCGCUGAGCCCAACGUCAUCGAGGUCACCUACCUGUGACCAGGCUGCGGGCCGCCCGGGCCGGA